UACAACAACAACAACAACAACAACAAUAAAGCCCUUGGUCUUAAACUGCAAUGACAGCAGACAGAGAUGUAGUAUACAUACGAAAGGACGUGUUUUGAAGGCCUGUACAAUAAAACCCAUGAAGAUGAUAAGGUGUAAAAGGAAGCUAGGUGGGAAGAAACUGGUUCUGUUGGUCUUACUGUGUUGUACUGCAUACUACAUCGGCACAAUUUAUGUGAGAACAAGAGCUCCUCCAGUUUGGAUCGAAAGAAGUCGCGUUCCAGGCCAACACAACGGGGUUAAAGAAAUCAUUGAGGUAUCGAAUUAUCCAAACACAACAGAUGGGAACUGCGGACCUGUAUGUGGGGAAGGCCAGGUGUCAUUUUACAUCAAAACUGGAGAGGAAAACAAGAACCCACCAAUUGUUUGUGUGCAGAGAAAAAAGUUAAUUCACAGCAAAUUGGACAGUGUUUAUCGAGGGAUAAGUAUGGUACUCAUAGACGACAAGACGAUGGAAGUUGAAAUAGUGAAAUCUUAUGAUACCUAUACAGAUGAUUAUGAGUUUUUGAAGGACAUUGCCGGAAAAGCUAAGAAGGGACAAGUCAUGUUUAUUGCCAGCUUUGAUGAAAUGUCUGAAAGCCUCAGUGAAGAGGGAAGAAGAUGGCUGAAGUUAUUUGGAGCGGAGAAAAUUGAUAAUGUUGGUUUUCGAGACGGCUAUCUUUACAUCGGACAGAAAGGGCUUCUGCAGGGCUACGGGAUUGAAUCUGUAUUGAAAAAAAAACAGGGAGAUAGAUAUGCCGGGAUCAUAGAAAAAAUGGGAUGUUUUGAUUUACCAUUGGGCCCAGUGAAGAGUGUGGAAGAGGUUCUACCAAAGCUUGUGAUGAACAUACAGGUGAAACUCGGUGAUGUCAUGAAGAAUUGUGGGAUGGUGAACAGUUGCCCGUGGAAAAAAUUUCCAGUCCGUGUCAGUACGGGAGAGAAAGAUCAAGUCUUCCCGGAAAUCUGUGUCAACGGACGAAUUGUAAUAGGAAAGGACAUCAAUGGAGGAGGACGAGGGUUGAAUGUAGUCGUUGUAGACCCAUACACUGGGACGCCAAAAUCUGCAUCCAGAUACGACACAUAUGAAAAGGACAGUCUGACUCUGGAGCUUUAUCUGGAGACGUUGUCUCCGGGAGACAUCGUCAUACUGGUGGCUUUUGAUGAUGGUGCAAGAAAGUUAACAAUCCAUACAAGAGAAUUGCUGAACAAACUCGGGAGCAGUAUGGCGCAGAAUCUUCAGUUCCGGGAUGUUUGGUAUUUUGUCGGGCAAAAAGGCAUGCAGGGAUUCUCCAAACUGGAGAAGAUUAGCUAUGCAGGUAUGGAUGGAGAAUGGCCAAAACCUCUGGCAGAUUCGUUCUGUGUUGCAAGCAAAGUUGAGUCUAGCGAGCUCAUUCCUGAUCCAGUGGUUUACAGGAACGAUGUAAAAAGAGCGUUUUGCAAGAAAUAUGACGGUUAUGCUGAUUUCUGUGCAGCCCAGCAUAUAGAUAAGUGGUUCUUGAAGCCAGUGAAGCUGAUUGAUGAGAAACUGGCCCAGAAUGAAGUCUACUCCUCACCAAUACUCAUAGUUCCAGGGUUCAACCACAAUGCCCUUGUACAGACCAUGGAAACAACAAUAAUGCAACCAGGAGUGAAACCAGACAAUGUUGUGGUGGCCUGGGAUGAAAAGUUUCCCGAGCAUGCCGAGUUGGCAGACAUGUUUAUGUUCAAGAACAUCUCAAUAUCCGGCACUCUUGAAUAUUCAGAGCAUGUUAUUAAAGCCAUAGAUCAAGUGUCAAGAAUGUUUACUAAACAUAAAUACCUGAUAGUCUUGGAAGAAGAGUUGAUGUUAUCACCAGAUUUUCUGUAUUUCCUGGCUCAGUGUACCCCAGCUCUUGACCAGGAUGAUUCAUUACUUGGGGUCUCUGCAUUCAACUACAAUGGUUUUGAGAACAGUGGAGGCAACAGAUCAUUGCUGUACCGUGUUGAAGACUUCCCAGGCCUUGGCUUUAUGAUUAAGAUGGAUAUUGUCCGCAAUAGGAUGAGAUCCAGCCUAAAGGACUGCUGUAAUGUCAGGUCAUGGAAUAGUUGGUCUCUACCCCUGUACAACUCCAGUCACUAUGGUUACAUGCUGGUACCUGAUGUAUCCAGGGUUUUCAGACAGAUAUAUGAAGGGGUGAAUAAAGAUGAAGACUAUCUGGUCAGAAUGUUUAAUUCACCCCGAGAAACCAAUGUAGAGCGUAUAGCCACUCUAGUUGGUGUACAAAACAUGACAGCCAAGAACUAUGACGGUCUGAUCAAAGAGCUUCUCACAAAGGCAUUGCCUAUCAACCAGUCUUUUAUAGAAGACUGCAGUUCAACAGAGCAGCUUAUAAGCCUUGGCGAUAAAAACAAAGAUUAUGUUCUUUAUUUCCAACAAAAGACGUUAAAUCAGUAUGGAGUGUUGGACAAAGUGGCUUCCUGUUUCGCUCUGGUGUUUACUGACUCACAUUUACCCAAAAAUGUUUAUAAAGGAGUUAUAAGGGUAACUGUUAAAAGCCACAGAAUACUUUUGGUUGGCACCAAAUCACCUUUUGCACAGAUGAUUCCCAAGGGUGUCAAAAUAUUUUCCGGUGUUCGGUAGUGGUUGUAUAGAUAUAUAGAAAAUCCACUUUAAAUGAAAUACAAUCAAAAUCCGUUGGCUCGAAAUCCCAGGGACCGGCAAAAAUACUUCGAUCCUAGUAAACAUCAAGUCAAACUGGAAUACUUUUAAAGAGUAUAAAGAAUCCGCCCUUUACAUCAAGUUCAACGAAGAAGUUAAGCAAAGCGAUAUGGAGCCAACAUGUUUCGACUGUAUAAAAAAUCUACUUCAAAUGAAUUAUAGAUAAUAUCGAAAAUCUAGUUGAAAUAGAAAAUUACUUCAAAUCAAUUAAAGAAUAUCUACUUCAAAUGAAAUCUAUAAAAUCUACUUUAAAUGCAAUAAAAUAAUUAUUAUAUAUAAUUUAUAGCAAUUAUACAAGAAAUUGUUUUAGAAUUGUAUUCAUAAUGCAUAGCUUGCUGUUCCACCAAUCAGCGCCUAGAGUGAAAUGUACUGUAUUUUGUCUAUGUUUUAGUAUUUAUCGUUUGCUGCCUUAUUUAUCUUUUGCUGUUUGAAUUGAAAAACAUAUGUGUAUGUGCUAUAGAGAGGGUACAUGACAUAUUUAUGUGAUUGGCUAGACUUUGUUUUUUAGCUCGUCUAUUUUUCCAAGAAAAAAAGGUAUUGCCAUAGCCAUGAUAUCGUUGUGCAAACACAUAUUGCAAACACUUACUUUGACCAUGAAUCAAGAACUGUACAACAUAUUCAAGUUAAACUUGAUACAAAUUUUGUUAGAGACAAUAUGCCAAUAUUUAUAAAGUUUUGCCCAUUGUUUGACUAAAAGAACAGACGAACAUUUGCUCAGCAACGCUCUUAUUAGACACUGUGUGUAUAUCACGUGAUAAAUAACGUCACAUAUGCUGCGUCGGCUUAAAACAUAGAUAACUUUUGUUUAACCAUACCAUUUUAAAUACAACAAAAGGCAGUCUAUACCGCUUGAAGAGCCCUUCCUUCGUUUUAUAAGCGGAGUUUGGUAGGAUGACUAGUUUCAUCAAAUACUUUGACUAAAAAGUUAUUUCCUAAAUAAUGUUUUGACAGUGCUCCGUCAGACGGCCGUAUUGUGAAAAGGUUUGUCGAAGUGUUUUAAGAAACUAAACUCACAACUGUAAAAAGGGCUCCGUAAGCGGCGUAGACUGAUUCAUUAAAAUUGAUGAAGAAAUCGUGAUGAUACCCAUUUUUUAAAGUCUUCAUUCGAAGCAAAAUAUUGCCUUCUGAUGAAGCAUUUAUGACCCAAUUUAUCACGUGGUUUACUGUAAGAGAAUAUGAUCAAAGUUAUUAGUUCCAUUCAUGCAUAAUCUAUGGUGUUGUGUUUUAAUCCAAUAUAAAGGGAUUACCAUGGUUGUGCCAUGUUUCCAUGAUAGUAACAUUCCAAUUGAGUCUCUACUCAAUCCUUACGACGAUAUAUGAUUAAUAUGACUUGUUCCCAUGUAUUUAUAGGAAAUAAAUAAUGUUCUAUAAGUUCAGCAAUAAUGUCCGAGGGUCUUGAUGAAAUUGUUUUGUAUUUGUAAAUCUUUUUUCAUAUACGAAGAAAUCAAGUUGUAUUGUAAAAUAUGGAUAUUUUGUAAGUUUUAAUGUAUUAGUCGCAAAUGUCAAAUAUAUUUGGAAAUAAGUUAGUUUUUUAAUAAUAUAGUUUCCAUCAUUCCAAUUGAGCCUCUACUCCAACCCGUACGACAAUAUAUGUUUAAUAUGUCUUGUUGCCAUGUAUAUUCAUGAAAUAACUUAUGUUCUAAAUAAUUUAGCAAUAAGGGUUAUUCCAGUAAAACAUAUAACCCACAGGGGGAAUAAAUUGUAUAUGGGUUGGAGUCUUUCUUUUGCUUAUUUGGACCCUGAAAGGGUAAAUUUGCUUCUGUAGUGUUGUGGUAUAUGUAAGAAGUGCCUUCCCCCAGGGGUUAUAUGUUUAAAUGGAAUAGCCCUAAAGUCCGAGGGUUUUUAUUAUUUUGUAAAUGUAAAUCUAUUUCCAUAAACGAACAAAUCAAGUUCUAUUGUAAAAUAUGUAUAUGUAAGUUUAAAUGUAUUAUCCGCAAAUGUCAAAUAUAUUCAGCAAUAAGUUAGUUUUUUAAUAAUAGUUAUACUUUUUUAAUAAUAGUUAUUUAAUUUGAAUGUGUAUAUUAUUUUUAUAUAUUGUUUAAUAUUUUUAUCCGACUGAUGCAUAAUAUUGAUGAAUCUUUUCGGCGAUGCAAAAAGUGAUGAGUGUAUCAAUGAAUUAACCAACCUAAUUUAGUUGGGUUACCGUAUUCAUACGAUUGUGUUUGUAAUUACAUGUUUCCAUCGAUUAUCAUUUAAAGAUGCACUCUUACUCCCAAAUAAGAUAUACAACAAAUAAUACAAUGAGUUUGAUAUACCUAAAAAGAUGAAUACAUGCCGUAAAUAAUGGUUCCUAUGAAGGAUACCAAUUUAAAUUUGAGAGAAAGGUGCAGAAAACAUGGUAUUCCUACCUUUUGAGCCCAAAGUAUAUCUUAGUAAACCUUUUAGCAUUCACCAAUCAUUUAAUAUUUUUGCGUUUUCAGCUAAUAAAUACACGGUCAGGAUCUUGUUAUCAGUAUUUUAUAUUUUCAAUAAAUGCAUUAUUUAGUAAGUUGUUUAAGGUGUAUCACUCAAAAUUGAUGUUUGUAAUAAAUGUGUAUGUAUUGAUUUUGAAUAAGAGUGUCACUUUAAAUAACUUUCACCACAUUCAAAUACAUGCAUUUAUUUAAUAGAUAUGAUUAUAAAUUUAUAAUAAUGUGCAUCUGUUCAUAAAGUCAUCCUAUUUAUGCAUACUUGAAACGAAUGCAAAAUAUAUUAUGAAAUUGAAUGCCAUUAUAACAUCAUAAUUUAAAAUGCUCGAGUUUGUACAAUAUUGUGAAUAGAGAUUAGAGGUUCUUUAUAAUUAUGUGUAUACUUGAAAUGGAAAUAAAUUUA